AUGAUAGAUUCAACGAAAGUUAUGAUUCAUCAAUUUACCACGAUCUGGAUUAUAUUCGGCGCACUUUACGCAUUAACCAGAGAAAUUGAGAAUGGCGGUCUUAAACAAUCAAAUCUAGAAUCAUGGUAUAAUUGCACGCAAAGGCUUUGCAGACAUCAAGAGGCCAACACUGCUACCAGAAAUAAUAGAAAGAGAAAUGCAACACAAAAACGUAGUAUGAAACGUCGAGGGGACUGGUAA